UCUACGGUAAGAUAUCAGGAGCAGUGGCGUCUGUAAGUGUAUAAACUCAGUUGUGAUUGGUCUACGGUAAGAUAUCAGGAACAGUGGCGUCUGUAAGUGUAUAAACUCAGUUGUGAUUGGUCUACGGUAAGAUAUCAGGAGUAAUGGCAUUUGUAAGUGUAUAAACUCAAUCUGCUCAAACACUGGAGCUUCUCUUCAGAUCAUCACAAGGUCAAACUGAAACCAGUGCUGAUCUGUUUCCAAUGUUAGUUUAGCUGCAGUAUGUCAGAGAAGCGAGGAAAUGACUCUCUCUCUAAGACGAGUCUCUCAGAGGAACAGAGUAAAAGAUCAGGCUCACAUGUGUCCAGCUCUGUGUCUGUGAAGAGUGACUGGUCAAAGGAUUGUGACCAUCCAAACUUCAGUGAGAAAACACCAUCACCAACCAAAGGGCUUAAAUAUGAAACAUUAGAUUCAGAUUUCCAGACUCACAGGAAACACAAGAAUUUCACAGAUAAUCUCCUGUGGAUCUUCCAGGACCUUGAGAGGAAAAUAAUCACCUUACUGAAAAAUGAGCUGGAAAAGUUUCAGAAAAUAUUACAGAAAGAGAACACACAAUCCUUAGUGGAGGACUUUAAUGAGAACAGAUGCCGUAUUAAAGAAGCAGCUCUUGAUCUCACACUACAUUACCUGAGAGAGAUGAAGCAAGAUGAAGCUGCUGAUGCUCUAGAAGAUGAGCUGUUCUUCAUUCAUCAGCUGAAAUGUGGCCUAAAGAAGAAGUAUCAAUGUGUGUUUGAAGGAAUUGCAAAGCAAGGUGACUCCACACUCCUGAAUAACAUCUACACAGAUCUCUACAUCACUCAGGGUGGCAGUGAACAGGUCAAUACUGAACAUGAGGUCAGACAGAUUGAAGUUGCUUCCAGACGUCAUGAAGCUCAAGAGAUACAGGUUGAAUGCACACAUUUGUUUGAAGCGCAUGAACAAGACGAGGAGAUCCGAACUGUACUGACAAAAGGAGUCGCUGGCAUCGGGAAAUCAGUCUCUGUGCAAAAGUUUGUUCUGGACUGGGCUGAAGGAAAAGAAAAUCAAGAUAUCAGCUUCAUAUUUCCUCUUCCAUUCAGAGAGAUGAACUUAAAGGAGAAAGAAAAACUAAGUUUGAUGGACCUUAUAACUCAGUUUUUCCCAGAGACAAAAGGACUGAACCUUACAAGAAGGAAUCAGUUCAAAGUGCUGUUCAUCCUUGAUGGACUGGACGAAUGUCGCCUUCCUCUGAAGUUUGAUUGUAAUGAGACGUGGCGUGAUGUAUCGUCACCAGCCUCUCUGGAUGUUCUCCUAACGAACCUCAUGAAGGGAAAUCUGCUUCCUUCUGCUCUCGUCUGGAUCACCAGCAGACCAGCAGCUGCCAGUAAGAUUCCUCCUGACUGUAUCGACCGGCUGACAGAGAUACGAGGAUUCAGCGACGCACAAAAGCAAGAGUACUUCAGAAAAAGAUUCAAAGAUGAGAAAAUGGCCAAUGAAAUCAUAGAUCAUGUUAAACAAUCAAAGAGUCUCUUUAUCAUGUGCCACAUCCCAGUCUUCUGCUGGAUUUCAGCCACUGUUCUCCAGAACAUUCUGGAGGAGAAGAGAAAUAAUGAUGUGAGAAACACUCAGGCUGAUGAGAUCUCUAAAACACUGCAGGAAUCAAACACUGAAGACACUCCCAAGACUCUGACACAAAUGUACACACACUUUCUCCGCUUUCAGAUCCAGCAGAGCCGCCGGAAAUAUGAUGGAGAAUACACACCAGAUGUUUCCUGGGAUAAAGACGCCAUCCUUUCACUGGGGAAACUGGCAUUUCAUCAGCUGGAAGAAAACAACCUGAUCUUCUAUGAAUCAGACCUGGAAGCCUGUGGUCUUGACGUCUAUAAGGCAUCAGUGUACUCAGGCAUGUGUACCCAGAUCUUUAAGGAGGAAACGGGGAUCGUUCUUGGUACCAUGUACUGCUUUGUUCACUUGAGCAUUCAAGAGUUUAUUGCAGCCCUUUAUGCACAUCUGUUUCUAGACAUCAACAAGACAAGUGUGUUUGAUCAUGAGUCUACAGAACAGGAAAACAGAAAAGAAACCAUGAUGGAUUUUCUCAAGACUGCAGUGGACAAGGCGCUGGAGAGUGACAAUGGACACCUGGACCUUUUCCUUCGCUUCCUCCUCGGUCUGUCACUCCAGUCCAAUCGACGACUCUUACGAGGUUGGUUGACACAGCGAGACGACACUGACCAGAGCAACAAGGAGAUAGUUCAGUACAUCAAGCAGAAAUUAGAAGAUAAUCUUCCUGCAGAGAGAUCCAUCAAUCUGUUCUACUGUCUGAAUGAACUGAACGACCAAACUCUGGUGAACGAGAUUCAGACCCACCUUAGCAAAGGAAGUCUCUCAUCUGCUGACCUUUCACCUGCCCAGUGGUCUGCUUUAGCCUUUGUGUUGUUGACAUCAGAGGAGGAGCUGGAGGAGUUUGAGCUUCAGAAAUUCAAGAAAUCAGACGAGUGUCUCAUUCGAUUAUUAACAGUCAUCAAAACCGCCAGAAGAGCUCUGUUAAAUGAUUGUGACUUAACAGACAAAAGCUGUUCAGCUCUGGCUACAGUUCUUGGAUCAGAUACCAAUCUGAAAGAGCUGAACAUGAACAAUAAUAAUCUGCAGGAUUCAGGAGUGAAGCUGCUCUGCACUGGACUGAAGAAUAUAAAGUGUACAUUGGAGAUAUUGAGACUUUCAGACUGCAGUAUCACUGAAGAAGGUUAUAAAGCUCUGGCUUCAGCUCUGAGAUCAAACCCUUCACACCUGAUUGAGCUGGAUCUCAGAGGAAAUGAUCAUGGAGAAUCAGGAGUGAAGCAGCUCAAUGAUUUACUGCAGGAUCCAAACUCUCAACUGAAAACACUGAGGUUUUUGAGUCCUGCUGCAGAUGAAGCCUGUCAGUAUGUGACUGGAAUUGUGGGUAAAAACCCAUUACUCACGAGAGAGCUGAAUCUGAGUGAACGUGAACUAGGAGACACACGAGUGAAUCAGAUCGCUGCUCUACUGCAGGAUAAACACUGUAAACUCAACACACUGAUUCUGCAGAGAUGCAGUAUUACAGUGAAACAGAGUCUCAUCCUGACUUCAGCUCUGAAAUCAAACCCAUCACACCUGAGAGUGCUGGACCUGAGCAGGAAUAACCUAGGAGACUCAGGAGUGAAGAACCUCAGUGAUCUACUGAUGAACCCACAGUGCAAACUGGAGAAACUAAAUCUGAGUGAAUGCAGUAUUACAGAGAAACAGAGUCUCAUCCUGACUUCAGCUCUGAAAUCAAACUCAUCACACCUGAGAGAUCUGUACCUGAGUGAGAAUAAACUAGGAGACUCAGGAGUGAAUCACUUAUGUGACGUACUGAAGGAUUCACACUGUAAACUGGAGAGAUUGAGGGUUCCUGCGGGGUCUUAAAAAGUAUAAAAUUAU